AUGCCGGGUGAACGAUCCAACACGAACACGCCGCUGGGCAACACCAACAACCACAACUCCUCUUCUGCUGCCCAGCGCCACCCGUCCCAAGCACAAGCACAAGCACAAGCACAAGCACAAGCACAAGCACAAGCACAAGCACAAGCACAAUCUGCCUCGCCCAUCCAGCUCAUCUCCAAAAUCCCCUUCAUCCUGCCUCAUGAGCGCGUCUUCCCCAUCCAGAUCGGCUCCGAGCUGUACAAGCUCUCAGGCGCAUCCCUCUCAUCAGACGCGCCCUCUUAUUUCUCCCAAUACUUCCUCUGCCAGAUCAAGCAGGCCGAAGAGGCAGGCCAGGACAUAGGCAGCGCCAUCCGCACCCUUUACAUCGACAGAGACCCCGUCACCUUCAAGGAUAUCUCACUCCACCUGCAGGGUUACCACGUCCAGCCCCGCGAUGGGACGCACUUCGUGCGGCUGUUUGCCGAUGCACAGUUCUACUCCCUGCCCAAGCUCAUCUCCCAGCUCUACGAGGAGUCCAUCUUCAUCUCCAUCGGCCACCGCGAGUUCCAGAUCCCGCGCGACUCCUUUUCCGAGCCCGGCAACUCGCCCAAUUUCUUCAGCCUGGGCUUCGCCAUCUUCUUCAGCAACCCCUCCGCCGACCUGUUCCCCGGCCUGGACAGGGAGGGCCUGAUCCGCCCGCCCAGCAUCCUGCCCCCGAGCGUGCCCAACCGCAGCGCCGACACCUUCUCCGAGCUGCUGCACCUGCUGAGGGGCUACCCCGUCGACAUCCGCUCCGAGGCCCACCGUGCCGCCCUGUUACGUGAUUGCCGCUACUUCAACUUCAAGGGCGUCGAGCAGCGCCUCAUCCCCCACUCAAUCAGCUUCAACCAGUCCCGCGGCAAGGACGAGAUAGCCCUGCGCCUCGAGGACAUUCUGAAGUCGGGUAUCUCCGUCCUGCCGGAGCGCGUUGAUAUCGCCGCCAGGGAGAGGGACAACUUCCUCGGCUGGGUCAACUACGCCCGGCCCUUUGUCGACAGCAGCCAGCGGCCCCUGGAGCUGGUCCUUGAGAUCGGCGGCGAGUGCACGCGCCUGCACUUCGACAAGGAUGGCGCCGGCGGCGGGACGCGGCUGGAGUUCUUCCGCGAGGUGCGCACCAGGGUGACGAAGCUGUUCGAGGUGAUCGCCUCCAAGCUCAACCUCCCGCCGACCACGCAGCCCCUGGGCCUUCUGAUGGCGAGCGGCGGCGCGUCGAGCCAGCCUGCCACGCCGGGAAACACCCCACUCAGUGAGGAUCUGGUCAAGUGUGUGUUGGAGACAGAGACGGCCAUCACCCUGGAUGGGCAGAGCUACACGGGUCACUUCCCCAGCAUGUUCGACUCCGCGGACGAGGUCUUCGAGGCCGGCGGCGGCGGCAAUAACAUGUCGGCACCGUCGAGCGCCGGCCCCGCAAACAUGGACUCACCGGCCAGUUUCGCCGGCCUGUCCCUAAACCCCCCACGGAAACGAAGACGGGCAGCAGAUGGAAGCGUCGUUGGGAUCGACGGUGGCGCAGGCUUACCAAGCAGAGGCUUCUGGGUUGUGCGCACCGGCCAGUGGAGGCUGCGCAUACAGGCCGCCAAGAACGGCCGGAGCGCCGUGGAGUGUGUGCUUAUUGCUGUGAAACUGGAUGCUAUGAGCGGCGAGCAUGCCAGGAAUGAGGCGAGGGAGUUCUUGAAGGCAUAA